UUCCGGGAGCGCGGAAGUCCGGAGUUUCUGCCUGAGGAAUAGGGCCGCUUCUGCGGCCCGCGUCUCGGCAAACUGGCGGCCUUAGUCCGGGUCAGGCGGCCCUCGAGAGGAUGGGUGCGCCGCCUUGGCAUGAGGCAGUCUGAGGAGCUGAUGCCCGAUUCGGGUGCUGUGUUUGUAUUUGGGAAAAGUAAAUUUACUGAAAAUACUCCUGGUAAAUUCUGGUUUAAAAAUGAUGUUGCUGUACAUCUUUCAUGUGGAGAUGAACAUAGUGCUGUUGUUACAGGAAAUAAUAAACUUUACGUGUUUGGCAGUAACAACUGGGGUCAGUUAGGAUUAGGAUCAAAGUCAGCCGUCAGCAAGCCAACAUGCGUCAAAGCUCUAAAACCUGAAAAAGUGAAAUUAGCUGCCUGUGGAAGGAACCACACCCUGGUGUCAACAGAAGGAGGCAAUGUAUAUGCAACUGGGGGAAAUGAUGAAGGACAGUUGGGGCUUGGUGACACUGAAGAAAGAACCACUUUUCAUCUAAUUAGCUUUUUUACACCCCAGCAUAAGAUUAAACAGCUCUCUGCUGGAUCUAAUACUUCAGCUGCCCUAACUGAGGAUGGAAGACUUUUUAUGUGGGGUGACAAUUCCGAAGGACAAAUUGGCUUACCAGAUAUGCCUAAUGCCUGUGUCCCUCAUCAAGUGACCACUGGGAAACCUGUCUCCUGGAUCUCUUGUGGCUAUUACCAUUCAGCUUUUGUAACAACAGAUGGUGAGCUAUAUAUAUUUGGAGAACCUGAAAAUGGAAAGUUAGGUCUUCCCUAUGAACUCCUGAGCAAUCACAGAAUACCCCAACUGGUGCCUGAAAUUCCUGAGAAGGUGAUCCAAGUAGCUUGCGGCGGAGAGCAUAGUGUGGUUCUCACAGAGAAUGAUCUGUAUACCUUUGGGCUGGGAAAAUUUGGUCAGCUGGGUCUUGGCACUUUUCUUUUUGAAACUUCAGAACCCAGAGUUGUUGAGAGUAUUAAGGGUCGAAAAAUAAGCUAUAUUUCUUGUGGAGAAAAUCAUGCCGCUUUGUUAACAGAUACUGGCCUUAUGUAUACUUUUGGAGAUGGUCGCCAUGGAAAAUUAGGACUCGAACUGGAGAAUUUUACCAAUCAGUUCAUUCCCAUUUUGUGCUCUUAUUUGUUAAAGUAUAAAGUUAAAUUGGUUGCUUGUGGUGGAUGUCACAUGGUAGUAUUUGCUGCUCCUCGUCUUCGUCGUAAGGCAGAAGAAAUUGAACUUGAUGAAAUAAAUGAUACUUGCUUAUCUUUUCUGCCCUUGGGCAAUUUAACCUCAGGAAACGUACUGCAGAGAACUGUAUCAGCACGGAUGCGGCGAAGAGAGAAGGAGAGAUCUCCAGGUACUCUUCCAUUGAUAAAAACACGACCUCCAGUAGAAGGACCUUUUGACCUUUCUGCUUCUUUUCCCCACAAAUCAUUCUUUCCAUGCUGUUCUAAGAGUGACCUCCUAGAGAGAAUCUUACCUGAAGAGGACCUCAUGCAGCCAGAGGAACCAGAUAAUUUUCAAGAUGAAAUGACCAAAGAAGCAGAGAUAGAUAAUUUUUCAACUAUAGGAAACCUUGGAGAAACUACUGAUAUCUUAAACAUGACACACAUGAUGAGCCAGAAUUCCAAUGAAAAGUCAUUAAAAUUGACACCACUUCCAAAGCAAAAGAAACAGCAAACAAUUGGAAAUCUGCCACAGUGUACGGCUCUUCCUGAAAACGAUAAUAGUGAUGAAUGUAAAGAGAUGUCAGAAAUGAAAGAAGGGAAAGCAUGUAAACAACGUGUGUCACAAGGGAUUUUCAUGACGCAACCACCUACGAUUAUGGAAGCAUUUUCAGAUGAGGAAGCAGAGAUCCCAGAGGAGGAGGAAGGAGGAGAGGAUUCAAAAGGAAAUGGAAGAGAGGAGCAAGAGGUAGAAGCAAAUGAGGAAAAUGUUAAGGUGCGUGGAGGAAGAAAGGAGGAAACAGAGAUCCUAUCAGAUGACCUUACAGACAAAGCAGAGGUGAGUGAAAGCAAGUCAGGGGGAGAGGCAGAGGAUGGGCCUGAAGGUAGAGGGGAUGGAACCUGUGAGGAGGAAAGUUCAGGAACAGAACACUGGCAAGGUGAGGAGAGGGCGGAGAAGGGGGAGAAAGACAAGGGUAGGGGAGAAAUAGAGAAGCCAGGAGAGGGAGAGAAGGACCUAGCAGAGAAAGAGGAAUGGGAAAAGAGGGAUAGGGAGGAGCAGAAACAAAAGGAAAGGGAGCAAGGCCAUCAGGAGGAAGGAAACCAAGAGAUGGAAGAGGGAGAAGGGGAGGAGGGAGGAGAGGAGGAGCAUGAAGAAGGAGAAGAAGAGGAGGGAGACAGAGAAGAGGAGGAAGAAGAAGAGAAGGAGGAGGAGGCAGAAGGGAAAGAGGAAGGAGAAGAGGAAGAAGUGGAGGGAGAAGGUGAAAAGAAAGAAGGAGAGGAGGAGGAAGGAGAAAGGGGAAAGGAGGAAAGAGGGGGGAAGGAGGAGAAAGGAAAGGAGGAAGGAGACCAAGGAGAGGGGGAAGAGGAGGAAACAGAGGGGAGAAGGGAGAUAAAAGAGGAGGGAGGGAAAGUAGAGGAGGGGGACGGAGAGGGGGAAGAGGAAGAAGGGGGAGAGGAGGAAGGAGAAGGGGAGAGGGAAGAGGAGGAAGGAGAAGGGGAGAGGGAAGAGGAGGAAGGAGAAGGGGAGAGGGAAGAGGAGGAAGGAGAAGGGGAGAGGGAAGAGGAGGAAGGAGAAGGGGAGGGGGAAGAGGAGGAAGGAGAAGGGGAGGAGGAAGAGGAGGAAGGGGAAGGGGAGGAUGAAGGGAAGGAAGGAGAAGGGGAAGGUGAAGAGGAAGGGGAGGAAGGAGAAAGGGAGGAGGAAGGGGAGGAAGGAGAAGGGGAGGAUAAAGGUGAGGAAGGUGAGGAAGGGGAGGAAGAAGGGAAAGGGGAGGAUGAAGAGGAAGGAGAAGGGGAAGGUGAGGAGGAAGGGGAUGAAGGAGAAAGGGAGGAGGAAGGGGAGGAAGGAGAAGGGGAAGGGGAGGAAGAAGGGGAGGAAGGAGAAGGGGAAGGGGAGGAGGAAGGGGAGGAAGAAGAAGGGGAAGCAGAGGGGGAAGAGGAGGAAGGGGAGGAAGGAGAAGGGGAAGUGGAGGGGGAGGAGGAGGAAAGAGAAGGAGGGGAGGAAGGAGAAGGGGAAGAGGAGGGAGGAGAGGAAGGAGAGGGGGAAGAGGAAGAGGGGGAAGAAGGAGAGGGGGAGGAAGAAGGAGAGGAGGAGGAAGAAGGGGAGGAAGAGGAGGAAGGAGAGGAAGAGGAAGGAGAAGAGGAAGGGGAAGAAAGGGAAAAGGAGGGGGAACAAGAAGAAAACAGGAGGAACAGAGAAGAGGAGGAGGAAGAGGAGGGGAACUACCAGGAGACAGGUGAAGAAGAGAAUGAAAGGCGGGUUGAAGGAGAAGGGUACAAAAAAGUGAGCAAAAUAAAAGGAUCUGUGAAAUAUGGCAAACAUAAAACAUAUGAAAAAAAGUCAAUUACUAACACACAGGGAAAGGGGAAAGAGCCAAGGACCAAAAUGCCAGUGCGGUCAAAACAACUUUUAGAUAACGGGCCGCCAGGUUCCAAAAAGUUCUGGAAUAAUGUAUUACCACAUUAUUUGGAAUUGAAAUAACAGGUCUUAAAUUUGACCUGAUUAUGGCCAGCCAAACAAUUUAAAUGCCUUGCACAUAACAGGCACUCAUUACAUGUUACUAAACUGAUUUUAUGUCAUAAUUUGAUGUGUAGUAAAAAAAAAGCAACUGAUGCGGUUGUGUUAAGGAGUCAAAGACAAUAGAAGGCACCGGUCAAUUUUGGCCUCUCAAACUAAUAUUUUGGUGUAUUCCCCCCAAAUUAUAAAACUAUAACUAGAAAAUAUUGAAAGGUCAUAUCAGAGUAUUAACAUUCUAUGUUUAUUAAAGGCAGCUUUAACAAUAGUAACAUACUGUAAGAGUGUUUUGUUUGUGUACAGAAAUCAUUCCGUUUUUAAA